AUGGACAAGGACGGCCUGAGCCGAGCUGACCAGCAGUACGAGUGCGUGGCCGAGAUCGGCGAGGGUGCCUACGGGAAGGUGUUCAAGGCCCGGGACCUGAAGAACGGAGGCCGUUUCGUGGCGCUCAAGCGCGUGCGGGUGCAGACCGGGGAGGAGGGCAUGCCGCUCUCCACCAUCCGCGAGGUGGCGGUGUUGAGGCACCUGGAGACCUUCGAGCACCCCAACGUGGUCAGGUUGUUUGAUGUGUGCACAGUCUCACGGACAGACAGAGAAACCAAGCUCACGCUAGUCUUCGAACAUGUUGAUCAAGACUUGACCACCUAUUUGGAUAAAGUUCCAGAUCCAGGAGUACCAACAGAAACAAUCAAGGAUAUGAUGUUUCAGCUGCUUCGAGGUCUGGAUUUUCUUCACUCUCACCGAGUAGUACACCGGGAUCUAAAACCACAGAACAUCCUUGUCACCAGCAAUGGACAGAUUAAACUGGCUGAUUUUGGCCUGGCACGGAUCUACAGUUUUCAAAUGGCUCUUACCUCAGUGGUUGUCACUUUGUGGUACAGAGCACCCGAAGUCUUGCUUCAAUCCAGUUAUGCUACACCAGUGGACCUAUGGAGUGUCGGCUGCAUAUUUGCAGAAAUGUUUCGUCGAAAGCCUCUUUUUCGUGGAAGUUCCGAUGUUGAUCAACUAGGAAAAAUCUUGGACGUCAUUGGUCUCCCAGGAGAAGAAGACUGGCCAAAUGACGUGGCCCUUCCCCGGCAGGCUUUUAAUGCAAAAUCUCCCCAACCCAUCGAAAAGUUUGUAACAGACAUUGAUGAGCAAGGCAAAGACUUACUUAUGAAGUGCUUGACGUUCAAUCCGGCAAAAAGAAUCUCGGCUUGCGGUGCGUUGUCUCACCCAUAUUUCCAUGACCUGGAGAAGCCUCGUGAGAAUGUAGACCCCCGGACAUCCCCCAGCCAAAGCAGCAGUGAGGGGAACAGCGCAUGAGGCGAUCAAAGCUCCCUGGAGCUGAACUGACUGACGACUAAGGGGCCGCCCUCUGGGAGAGGCAGUGUGGCUGCCGAUCACGUCUGGGCUUCUGGAGGGUCUGUCUCUCUCUUCUGGAUGGUGAUCUGUUUCUCCCAGGAAACUGACUGAGUUUACUGUUUCUGAAUCAAUGCAAAAGCAAUUUUGGGCUUGA